AUGUCAACAAGUAGAAAACUAGAAAAUGAAUACAAUCAUUGUAUAUACAAAAUGAUGUAUACUUUAGCCAAGAGAUGUGUAAAGGCUAUAACAGGAGGUAGAAGUUAAUGAGUAAAUUCUAGAAUCAGUUGAUCAUUAGAAAUUCGCUGCAUUGAUAGGCAAAUAAUUUGGUAUAAUAACUAAAUUAGAAGAAGAGAGAUCCAUUCAAUUUAAAUUUUCAGAAUCUUUAUAAGAAUUAACAGAGUUACUUGGAUUGUAUGGUAUAUAUUUAAAUAUUAGAGAGGAAAACAAUGAUAUCAUACGAAAUAAUUAAUAAAAAUAGAAAGUUCAAAUACAAUAAUAACCAAAGCGGUUAGAACUUAGUAGAAAAAAUUUAAAUCCUGUAAAGAAUUUGUCAAAAUCAAUUGAUCAAAAUACAGUUAAAUAAGUUGGAAUUAUUAGACCUGAAUCUGAUUUAAGAGAAAGUAAAGAGAGUAGAGAUAGUUCUAAUGUUAAAGAAAUGAAAGAGAUUAAUCAAAAUAUUAUAAGAAAUUCUUUUUUUAUUUAGAGAAGAUCAAUAUAAACAGAAAACGGAUGUUAAAAAACAUUAGAAUAAAAAGAGAGAGAGUUUUUAGAAAGAUUCAGAUAGAGAUUGGAGGAUCAUUGA